AUGUCUGACGACUGGAACUCGGUCACUAAGAUCGGCAGCAAAGUCCGCGGCGGUGCCUCGGACCGAGAGACGGUGGUUCGAGGCAAGUCGGCCCUCAACGCCGCCAUGCGCUCCGGCGGCCCCAUCACCACAGAGAAGAAGUUCGCCACCGGUAACUCUGUCGGCAAGGGACCCGAGGGCCAGCGCCUCACCAAGGUCGACCGCAGCGACGACAUCAUCAAGCCGAACACGGUGGGCAAGGAGGUGGGCGACGCCAUCAGCCAGGCGCGGCAGCGGGCCGAGCCCAAGAUGACGCAGAAGGACCUGGCCACCAAGUGCAACACGACGCCGGGCAUCGUAGCCGACUUCGAGCGCGGCACCGCCACCCCCGACCAGAAGGUCCUCUCCGCCAUGGAGCGCGUCCUCAACGUCAAGCUCCGCGGCGCCGGCAUCGGCGAGCCCAAGUUCAAGCCCAAGGACAAGAAAUAG